AUAUUCUCGACUGUAACCCUCCGAGGCACACACCUCCUGGGUCCCAUCACACUUUCCAGACGGGAAUCCUUUCCGUCUCGUCAAUUCGACUUUACGAUCGAAGAGUGUGUGAACAGACCAGACUGGUCUGCUGUAGAACCACCGCAGAACAGUGGCCAUCUCUCCCUCGAACUUGGCGAACGUAUUGGAGGUGGCAGGUCUGCCGUGGUCUAUUCCGUGAAAGUUAUUCCCGAUGCGCCGCACACCGACGACUCUCGCAACCUAGACCUAUGUGUCAAGGUGGCGCGGCCAAACCGCUGUCGCUCGCUCGCUCGAGAGGCUUGGGUAUACGAACAACUCAUCGAAGGUGUGGCUCAAGGCGUGAUUACGCCGCGUUCCUACGGAUUCUUUGCCACCGAACUGGUCCCCGAGCAACUGCCUUUCCCUCUUUGGUCGGGCGAAGACUACUACAUGGAUGCACCAUCUAAGCAUUGGGAGGAAGACGAUCCGACUCGAGAUGAUCAGAUGCACGAUGAUUGUCCCGAGGCAGAGCAGUGUGCCGACCCGCCUCCCGGUGCCAGAGAGCUCUCGCCAUGGGUCGAUUGGCGCCCCAAUCCCGACGCGCCGCUCUUGUCGAUUCUUGUGAUGGCUCGCGGGGGUCUUAAAUUCAGCCUAGUGGAGGAUGAUAAGGAUCCGUCCAACCAGGAAGAUGUCAAACAAAUCCUCGACGAUUUAUCGUCGUGCCAUCUUCUGCACUCUGACCUACGUGCAUCCAACGUCAUCCGCGCCCCGCGGGAUACGCACGAGUGUCAGAGACAUAAGCGCGUUCAUCGGUGGAACAUCAUUGACCUCGUCUGGACCGCAAUUGAUGAC